AUGGGACCAUGGAAGAUCACGGUCUAUGACCAGGAGAACUUCCAAGGGAAACGUGUGGAGUUUACCUCUGCUUGUCAGAACAUUAUGGAUUCUGGCGUGGACAAUAUCCGUUCCUUGAAGGUGGAGUGUGGAAGCUGGGCAGGAUUUGAACACUCUAGCUUCUGUGGACAGCAGUUUGUUUUGGAGAGAGGAGAGUAUCCGCACUGGGAGUCAUGGAGUGGCAGCAACGCUUAUCACAUCGAGAGGUUGAUGUCCUUCCGCCCCAUCUGUUCUGCUUCCCACAAAGAGUCAAAGAUUGUGCUGUUCGAGAAGGAAAACUUCAUGGGACGCCAAUGGGACAUAAGUGAUGACUACCCCUCUCUGCAGGCAAUGGGCUGGGGCAACAAUGAGAUUGGCUCAAUGCAAGUUAAGAGCGGAGCCAUAGGCCAGUCUGUGGAGGGCAGAGAGCUGUGGGUGAUGCGCAUAACUAAGCACCCCAAUAUGGACACAGUGGGGUUGCCUAAAUUUAAGUAUGUGGGGAACAUGCACGGGGACGAGACUGUGUCGAGACAGGUGUUGGUCUAUCUGAUCGAAUACCUUUUGGAAAACUAUGGCGAGGAUCCGCGUGUGACUCAGCUGCUGAAUACUACUGACAUCUACAUACUUCCCAGCAUGAACCCUGAUGGUUUUGAGAAGUCGGUGGAAGGAGAUUGCGAAGGAAAACAUGAUGGAAGGAAUAACGCCAGAAACUUUGAUCUCAAUAGACAUUUUCCUGAUCAAUUCGCCAAGACAGAAGUGAAAGCAGAGGACAUCCCUGAAGUUAUGGCUAUGAUGAGAUGGAUUCAGGACAAGAAAUUUGUGCUGUCGGCAAACCUCCACGGCGGCACAGUAGUUGCCAGUUAUCCAUUCGAUGACUCGGCCUUUCACCAGUCCAGGGGCCACUACAGCGCAGCAGCAGAUGAUGGCUUGUUUCGCUACUUGGCCUUGGUCUAUGCCUCAAAUCACCCUGUCAUGAAAACUGGUCACCCCAACUGUCCUGAUGCUACGUAUGAAACGUUUAAGGAUGGCAUCACCAACGGAGCCCACUGGUAUGACGUGCCAGGGGGGAUGCAAGAUUUCAAUUAUCUGUUUGGAAACUGUCUGGAAAUCACGGUGGAGUUAAGUUGCUGCAAGCACCCCAAGGCUGAGGAACUCCCAGAUGAAUGGUCAAUGAACAAGGAAUCCCUGUUGGCCUACAUGGAAAAGGUUCAUAUUGGAGUUCAUGGAUUUGUCAAAGAAGCAGUCGGAGGAGCAGCAAUUACAAAUGCAAGCAUUGUUGUAGAAGGAAUUCGCCACAAUCUGACGACUGGAAUGAAUGGAGAUUAUUAUCGUUUACUGCUUCCAGGAACACACAACAUCACAGUUAUAGCUCCUGGGUAUGUUUCAGUGACAGUCCACGGUGUACAGGUGUCUGAAGACGAGACCACCAAACUUAAUUUCACCUUGGCACCAAUCAGUGACGCUCCUGCUUGGACCACAGUGCCUCCACCAAUGACCAACAAUGGACACCUUUCCAGCAUCACUGUAGGCUUCACAAAAUCUCCUGAAAACAAAUCUAAUUCCUCAGACAACGAGAAUGUGCCUCCUGUACUACCAACUCAGCACCAGCCGGUUCAACCUGAAGAAUUCAGACACCACCACUUUGCGGACAUGGGACUAUUUUUACGCAAGUAUAGCAGCGAGUUCCCCUCCAUCACUCAUCUUUACUCUGUGGGCCAUUCAGUAGAAGACCGAGAGCUGCUUGUGAUGGUCAUCUCGGAUAAUCCCAAAGAUCAUGAACAUGGUGAGCCGGAGUUUAAGUACGUGGCCAACAUGCAUGGCAACGAGGUUGUGGGCCGCGAGUUAAUGCUUAACCUCAUUGAGUACUUGUGCCGAAACUAUGGCACCGAUCCAGAGGUCACUUAUUUGGUCAAUAAUACCCGCAUUCACAUUAUGCCUUCAAUGAACCCUGAUGGCUACGAGGUUGCCACAGAAGGGGACGAACAAGGCUAUGAUGGCCGCAACAACAGCAAUGACUUUGACUUGAACCGCAACUUUCCAGACCAAUUUGUCACCAUCACAGAUCCCAGACAGCCAGAAACAAUCGCGGUUAUGAAUUGGCUAAAGAGUAUUCCUUUUGUACUGUCUGCAAACCUUCAUGGAGGUUCCUUGGUAGUGAACUAUCCUUUCGACGAUGACAGAAAAAUGCAAACUGAAUAUAGUCAGUGUCCGGAUGAUGACGUCUUUCAGCGGUUGUCCAAAGCCUAUUCACAGGAAAAUCCGAUAAUGCACAAUGGUCACCCCUGUGAAGACUUGUACACAAAUGAGUAUUUUAAAGACGGCAUCACAAAUGGAGCCAGUUGGUAUAAUGUCGCUGGCGGAAUGCAAGAUUGGAAUUACUUAAAUACCAAUUGCUUUGAGGUUACCAUUGAGCUGGGUUGUAUUAAAUACCCCUUUGCUAAGGACCUGCCUGGAUAUUGGGAGCAGAAUCGACGGGCAUUGCUGAAGUUCAUACAUCAAGUGCAUACUGGUGUGAAGGGCACUGUGUCUGACAUAAGUGAUGGCACAGGGAUCCCCAAUGCCACUAUAAGUGUUCAGACCAUAGACCAUAAUGUCACCACUGCCCGAACUGGUGACUACUGGAGACUGCUGGCACCUGGAACAUACUCGAUCACUGCUUCUGCUCAUGGGUACAAACCCGUCAAAACCUAUGCCACAGUCUCAAAGGAUCGAGCAGAGGUGGUGGACUUCAAAUUGAUACGUGUUCACUCCGACACUAACAGACCGGCUCACAGCGGGCCCCAGCCCACUCAAAAUCCAUCUGAGAAAGAAUUUCAGAGCUUAAUUAAAGAUCUGUCUCUGGGAGAAGGUCUGGACCUGCUGGUAAAAAACACAGCCACAGAAAGUAGUUUCCGAUACCGCCAUUACAAAGAGAUGUCUGCGUUUAUGAGAGGUCUUACUCUUAACUUCCCUAAAAUCACAUCUUUACGAAGUCUUGGCCAAAGUGUAGAGGUUCGAACCAUUUGGGCCCUGGAAAUUUCCAACCGACCUGGUGAGGCAGAACCAUCUGAACCCAAGAUUCGUUUUGUAGCAGGGAUUCAUGGUAACGCCCCAGUGGGAACUGAGCUCCUGCUUGAAUUUGCCGCUUUUCUAUGCAUCAACUACGGAAAGAAUCCAACCAUCUCGCGACUGAUCAAUGACACCCGGAUUGUGAUUGUGCCUUCAAUUAAUCCUGAUGGACGAGAACAAGCUGUUGAAAAACAAUGCACCUCUCUUCAAGGACUAACAAACUUUCAUGGCAAAGACCUGGACACUGAUUUUUUUGGAAAUGCGUCUCAGCGUGUUGUAGAAGUCCAGCCUGAGACCAGAGCGAUGAUGGGCCUGAUUCAAGAGAAAGGCUUCACUCUGUCUGUGGCCCUGGAUGGAGGCGCACUCGUUGCUACUUAUCCCUAUGAUAAGCCUGUCCAGACAGUUGAAAAUGAAGGCACUCUGAAGUAUCUGGCUAAUGUUUAUGCCAGCAAUCAUCCAAAGAUGCACCUUGGAAACUCUGGGUGCACUAAUAAUGGACAAUCAAGCAAUAUUCCUGAUGGAGUGAUGAGGGCAGCAGAGAGGCAUAGUCACAUGGGCAGUAUGAAGGACUAUAGUAUGGACUUCGGCCACUGUCCUGAAAUUACAUUGUACACAGGCUGCUGUCUAUUCCCUCCAGCUGACCAGCUGGCCACACUCUGGGCAGAAAACAAAAAAUCACUUCUUAGCAUGCUAGUGGAGGUGCAUAAAGGAGUACGAGGUAUUGUGCGAGAUAAGAGUGGAAAGCCCAUCGCUGGUGCCAUCAUUGUGCUAAAUGGUGGAGUAAGAGUCUUUACAGGAGAACAAGGUUACUUCCAUGCACUUCUGGAACCAGGCACCCAUAGCAUUGAAGCUGUCGCAGAAGGUUAUCAGCAGCAACGACAGGAGGUGACUGUUUCUUCAUAUGAGGCAGCAAGCUGCAUAAUAAUAGAGUUUGACAUGGAUAACAGCAUAUUUGGGCUGCCAAGAGAGUUUGUGGUUGCCAGUGCAGCUGCGUCCAUGACUGCAUUAGUGGUUACUGCAUGUAUCAUCUGGUGUGUGUGUGCUGCCAAAUCCAACCAGAAAGAUGGGUUUCAUCGAUUGCGCCAGCAUCGAGACGAUUAUGAAGAUGAAAUUCGGCUUACGUCAAUGGGCUCCAAGAAGUCACUGCUUUCUCACGAAUUUCAAGAUGAGAGUGAAAGCGAAGAGGAAACAUUGUAUGCCAACAAAAUCUGA